AAGCACAAGCGGUUAGGGGGCCUUGGUCCCCUUCUCUUGAAUGGGGCGUGGAAUUUUCCGCACAUAGCCAAGCCGUAAAGCGUGGGGACGGGUCGACAGGCGUGCUAGGGGAAGUAAGGAAGAAGCUGUUCUCAGCCCCGCCAAGACGUCUUGAAGGGAAUUCUAUGGUCGCCGGAAGGAUCUGCAAGGAGGGAAGAAGGAGCGAUGAGUGUUGAGAUCUCUCUGGUUUCUGAACUGUCGUUCUGGCGGCGACUACAGGUCUACUUCUACUUCUUCCUGCCGUGGCGCGAGCUGUCCCGCCUGUGGGGCGUGCUCCAGAGCCUUGUCCUUCCCGUCUGGCUGCGUGGCCCGCUCGUCCGCUUCUACUGCUGGCUCUUUGGAGCGAACCUUAAGGAGGCGCUUGUCUCGGACCCCUCUCAGUACACAUGUAUACAAGACUUCUUCACAAGGAGACUCAAGCCAAACGCAAGACCUUUAGACCCUGUUCACAGAAUAGUGAGCCCUGCGGAUGGGACGGUGGUGCAUUUCGGCCGGGUCACCAACAGCCAGCUGGAGCAGGUUAAGGGCGUGACCUACUCGCUCGAGAGGUUCCUCGGCCGCAGUAACAACAACUGGGGAUUGGCUAAAGGUUACCAGGAAGAAGUUGGAAUAGACGACUACCAGAACAUGAUCCUGGAGCACCCUGAUGUCAACAGCUUGUUCCACAUCACCAUCUAUCUGGCACCGGGCGACUACCACCGCUUCCACUCACCUGCAGACUGGGAGGUCCUGCACAGGAGGCACUUCCCAGGUGCCCUGGCGACUGUAAACCCCUGGAUACUCAGCUGUGUACACAACGUAUUCAACCUGAACGAGCGUGUCGUCCUGUCCGGCCGCUGGUCCGAGGGAUUCUUCUCCAUGAGCCCGGUCGGCGCCACCAACGUCGGCUCCAUCAAGGUCUACUUCGACACAGCCCUGUACACAAACAACCCUGCAGAAAACCACGUCAACGGAGACUUUUUCGAUCACAUCUUCCUGGACCACCUGGGGAGGGGGGUGGAACUGAACAAGGGCGACCAGUAUGGCGAAUUCAACAUCGGGUCCACCAUUGUUCUGGUCUUCGAGGCCCCGAACAGUUUCGUGUUCAACGUGAGCCACGGGCAGAAGAUCCGGGUUGGUCAGAGCGUCGGGUGCUUUAACCCGCAGCACAAGUGCGGUGUCGAGAGGGAGAAGGGUACUCAGGGGUCUGCCAGAGCUGCUCUCAAUGCUUACGCAUUCUAAAGGGUCAAGAGGGGUUUUUGUGGAUCUGGUAAUCAAUAAUUUGUUGAGAUUACAGCUGUUUCAAAAGGACCAAAAACUUGCAACACAUGUUUUCCACAAAAUCAUCUGGAGACAAGGCACAGCAAAGUCUGUCCCAAACUGAUGAAAAUAUCAUGCCAUUGUCAUAACUUGUGUGGAAUAAUGAAUUACUUAUCUACCCUCACUUCAGGCCACAUCCCCCUUGAAUUUUUGUAUCCAGAUUAGACCCCUUUAGAGUCCAAAGCUCUCAUAAUUUCACACUAUAGAACUGAUUUACAUGUGGCUCUAUUGUGGUAUUUUGUUCUUGUGUUGGUGUAUCAAUCAUCAUGUGCUCCACAGAGUGAAACAAGGGCUUCAACAAUUAUUCGUGGUUGAGUGAACCAAAAGAAACUUCAGCUCCAAAACAUCGGAAACACUCCACUCUAAACACAACAUGUUGUCAUAUACAGUGGUGCUUGUUGUUUAUUCUGGGAUGUUUCAAAACUGAUUUAAAAGUUGUUCAACACAGAUGUACCAUGUACCUUAAACUAACAGUAUUGUGAAGAAAGCCCGCAAAGAGAGCAUUUCUUUUGCAAUUCUGUUGAUAUCUUAGAUGUGCAAAGGCCAAAGACCUCUCUUUCUUAAAGGGAUGUAUUGUAAAAAAUGAAGUCACUGUUUUCGGUCAUUUUUAUACCUUAUGUAAUAAAUUUACCCUUUAAUACACUGCAAAGCAAUAUUCACAAUGUAUGAUACAACUUUGUUGUGCCGUGAGUAUGUCUAGAAAUAUGCGCAAUUCCCACCGCCGCUUGAGUUGCCCGUCAUUUUGUCCAACUUUCCGACAAACUAAGGAAUGUGGUUUCAGUAGCUUGCUUGAAUUGUUCUUGAAGUUUGUUCAAGAAGCCUGCGAAGCUUCAAAGAUCUACAUAUAGCAACAGUCCGUUUGGAAGUAAUGGAAUUUGGUUGUGCCCUUAAUGUUGUUUACCAAUGUGACAAAAUAUGUUGAAAAGAAGUUACAAAUGUCAAUCUGACUGAAGAUUCUAAAAUUCAGAAUAUUUGUUUUUUGGUGCCUUAAUUACACAAUACAUCCCUUUAAGUGCAAGUGCCAUCUAGAUAGUGUUACAUAGAGUUAGCAGAAUAUAUUUUCAAUUUAUUAUUGACCUGGUGAAUUUGGUGAAACAUGUAAUACUCAGGAAAACUGAGGUUAAACGAAAAUGCUUUUAAUAUUAGUUUAUUUUGUAGUUAUGUUGGUGUCAAGUAUACAUAAAAUAAUGGUUCUUGGACAAAGCAAACAUAACAAAAGAGCCGUGAAAGAGCUUGUCUGUCUUGGAGACUUCCUUCAUUUGUUUGUAUGUUGUCCAAGAAUCUUGCAAUAGAAUUAAUUUUGCAUGAUAUGCUCUAUGCAAAGAAUUACGUUACUUAUUUGAGCCGUUAAGCUGAAAGCCGUGUUUUUUUGUUUGGUUCUUAUUUCUCUUCUCCAAUUAUUUAGACUAUUAUGUCUUGUAUGAAGUGUCAUAUGCUCUAUGCAAAGAAUUAUGUUCCUCAUUGAGCCGUUAAGCUGAAAGCUUUUACAACACACGUAAUUCUGAUUUUUUUUGUUGUUA